CGCAUGCGUGUUAGGAGAGGGAGUCAUAACCAGCUCAAGGAAUUCCAGUUCGAGCAACUCCAUCGCAUCUGCUGGUUUCCUUUCCCAUGUGUAAUGCAUUUAUUAUCCUGGUACAGCUGUUUCUUGGAUCUUGUGGUAAAGAUUGAGUAAUACAUAGAAGAGGCCUCCUGCAGCCUAAUAAUAUUUUGAAGAUCUGUGUGGCUCGUAGCUGCUUUUGCACUCAAGACAGUCCUCAAGUUUCCCUUCAAUAAGCAAGAUAGAUGGAGUUCUGUGCCCUUUUGCAAAACGCUGAAGAUUAACAUUUAUCAUGCUGAGAUUCGGGCAGCACCUCAUCAAGCCCUCCGUGGUCUUCCUGAAGACUGAGCUCUCCUUUGCUCUCGUGAACCGGAAGCCGGUGGUCCCAGGGCAUGUCCUUGUUUGUCCUCUGCGACCGGUGGAGCGUUUCCGUGACUUGUGUCCUGAGGAAGUGGCCGAUUUAUUUUGUACGGCGCAAAGGGUUGGCAGUGUGGUGGAGAAGCACUUCUGCGGCACCUCGCUCACCAUUUCAAUUCAGGAUGGCCCUGAAGCCGGACAAACGGUGAAGCAUGUUCAUGUCCAUGUGCUUCCAAGGAGGGCCGGAGACUUCAGCAGGAAUGACGAUGUCUACGAGGAGUUGCAACGACAUGACAAAGAGGAUUGCCCUGACAAGUGGAGGACAGAAGAAGAAAUGGCAGCUGAAGCAGCAAUUCUGAAGAAGUAUUUUCAGGAAAAUUAGAGGUAACAAAGUGUUUGAAAAACAUCCUGUGAUAUAAGAAACUCCUCAGAAAGAAAGACCUCAUUCUCCAGUUCUCAGUGGCCCUGGAGCUGCAGCUGAACAAUUUUAUUAUGUUCUACAAAUAUGGGAUUCUUCCAUGAAAAAUUUUAUUGGACCUUUGGAUAUCAUCAAGGUUGAAUUUUCAGUGAAGACAACUAACAGUACUGAUUCAAAAUGUUGCUCUGAGUAGUAACUCAUAUUUUUCUGAAUUAUGUACUUGGGAAGGAAUCUUUUUAAAUUGUCCCUUGGCCUAAAUUGAAAUAAACUGCUAGCAAAAUCAGGUA